AUCUGAAUUACAAUCAAUAGAAUGUUCAAUGUUAUCUGAAAGGCCAUUCAAAUGAUUUUACUGCAACAAAAUGCCACCAUAUCAUUUUUAUUUAAACAGUUUCAUAAACUUUCUUUGACAUGAUACAGUUCAAAACAUAUUCUAUAUUACUAAUUAGCUAAUUUAGACUUGAAAAUACCAAUACUUGAAGACUUCUGAGUAUCCUCAGUAAGUGAAUUCCAUAUCUGAGCACCUCUAUACAAAAACCUACGUUUACCAGAUUCAGUUUUGGGGCGAGGUACAUCAACACACAUGUUACUUUGUCUCGUGUUGUAAAUAGUUGUUCGAAAUUUAAACUUUUCACUGAUGUACGGAGGCACUUGUUUUGUCAUAACUUUAUACAUAAUUAUUGCAGUAUCAUUUUCUAACUUUUUAACAAUAGGUUCCCAGUUAAGUAGGUCAAGGUUCUCCUUUCCUGAUGAAAACCAAGGAGUGUUGUUUAUUAAGCGGGCACAUCGGUUUUGAAUUCUUUGUUAGAUGUUUAACAGCGUUUUUCCACAGUUUGCCCAUAUUACGUUACAGUAGUUUAGGUGAGAAAAUACCAAUGCAUUGUAAACCAUUUUUAGUGACUCUUUGUCUACUAUAUUUCUUAUACUUCUUAACAUAUGUAAUCCUGAAUUAGUUUUUUUCUGCAAUAGUUCAAUAUGACCUCGCCAUGUGAGAUUUUCGUCAAUUAUAACUCCGAGAUGUUUACAUGAUUGCACUCGUUUCAAAGAAUUUCCACUUAUAUUGAUAUCAAUAUUCUCAUCUUCAAUUUUUUGUAAUCUUUGUCUUGUACCGAGUACAAUAUAUUCGGUUUUGUUUACAUUUAAACUUAAUUUAUUAAGGACGAGCCAUUGCCUUACAUAUUCCAGAUCUUUAUUAAUUUGAUUUAUCAUGACAGAAACAUUACUAUACCAGACAGAUACAAGACGGUAUCGUCAGCAUACAUGCUCACCUUACAAUAUCUGAGUCCUUCGGGUAGGCUGUUAAUAUAAAGUACAAACAUUAGGGGGCCUAGUAUUGACCCUUGAGGGAUACCGCAUUUUAAAGCUGAAAACUCAGAUACUUUGCCAUUUAUACACGUUGCUUGUGAUCUAUUUUCCAGAUAACUGGCAAACCAUCGUAGAGGGCGAUCUUGAAUGCCAUAGUUUUUCAGUUUUUGAAGGAGGAGAUCGUGAUCUACUGUGUCGAAAGCUUUUCUAAAAUCUAGCAUUACAGCAAUCACGAUAUGUCCAUCUUCGAUGCUUUUAAGCCAGUCAUCAGUUACAUUUAAAAGUGCCGUGGUUGUAGAGUGAAGAGGCCUAAAGAGACGACUCGUAGUUCAAAGCUACAAGCGAAAGACCUCUCGAAUCGUAUCAAAGAAGAACUGAGUAAAGCCAUCGGGAGUGAUACUUUCAUGAGAAAAUUGGUUCAAGAUGAGCGAAACAGAUGGUGAUAUUGAUCAUUUCGAUGAAAGCCAAUGCGAAUUGGUAAAAUAUGUGAUUUUACAAAAAGAGAAACCAGAUGGAGAUAUACAAUUUACAUCUAUUGAGUUGCAUACAACAGUUGGGAUUCCAUUGGUUCUUCAGGGUCAAUCAAUCACAAGGUCAAAGGCCAGUCCUUAUAAGUAUAGAGUCUACACACAUCAAGGCACCGUGUCUGACACAAAGGAUGAGAAUUCAGGAAUCAAGAAUAGUUAUUUAGCAAAGACUGGUCCAGAGGCUUUGAAGAUCUUCCAAGAGCAACAUGAUAUAUGGACCUCUAAACCUCAUAACAUGACGAAAACUAAAGUAAUGCUUUCUCGAUGGCUGGGAUCCAAUGUUCUCACAAAGCGCCUACUUGAAUCUCAAGCAUCCAAAGGAGAGGUUUCUAAUGAAGUAGCCCACCUUGCUGAUAAUCUAUGGAAGGAAUCGAUGGGAGAGCUUUCUCAAGUUCUUACAAUUCCUGUGAAAUCUAUUCCUCUAGGGAAGGUCGAGAAAGCCGAGUCUGUUCUUCUACAGAUCAAGCGCGCCCUCCUCGACAAGGAAAGCAAGGAUGAAUCUGUAAUCCGUGGACUGAGUGAGCAGUUUCAUGAACUAAUACCACACAAGGCUGAGUGCAGAAAUGAUCUUACUAAUAUGAAAAUGGUUGCCAUCAAACAGGACCUCUGCCAGCUGAUCCAAGACGUGAUUAAUGUGAAUGAAGCACUAGGAUGGAAGAAGCAACCAUCAUCUAAGUCUAAGUACCGGGCAAUGAGGUGUUACAUUGAGAGCUUAGACACAGAUCAUCCUGAAUACAAGAAGGUUGAAGAACUCGUCAUGAGCAGCUCACAACCAAUCGAUCACAUGGUUUCGAUUCAACGAAUCUUUGCAAUCAAUCGAGCCCUUGAUGAAUUCAAAUUCAAUCGAACGAUUGGGAAUGAAAGACUGCUCUUCCAUGCAUCGAAAGCUUGCAACUUCCUCGGAAUCCUCUCACGUGGUAUUCUGCUACCAAAGAUCGUGGUCGAGAUGUUUGGUAUCGAUCGUUGGGAUGCAGGGAUGCUUGGGAGUGGAAUCUAUUUCGGAGAUUGUAUGAGUACUUGUUCAAAGUACUCCACACCAGGUAAGUUUACAGGAACUCGCUUCUUAGCAAUCAACAACGUAGCCCUUGGGAAAAUGAAGGAUAUCUAUGAGAAGAGGACAGAUAUUGAAUGUGCACCUGAAGGAUUUGAAAGCGUUCAUGGUGUUAGGAAGACUGAGCAAAAUGAAUCCUUCUUUAUGGACGAUGAGUAUGUGGUUUACCAAGCCAACCAGCACUGUCUUCGCUACCUCGUUGAGUUCAAGUUGAUAGAAAGAAAUUCAGAUGAUACAGACAAUCAGUCAGCAUCAGCAUCCCAAGUCUCAAUCAGUGAUGACAGUAGCGGUGAUGAUACGGACUCUGAUGAUAACAAUGAUGACGAAAUAGACACCCUUGAUGUGCAAGGAAUGGUGUAUCCUGAAGCCAAGAUCAAGGCAGGUCUUAAUACAAGAGGUGAAGGUCAAGUUGAAUUAGAAGCUGUUCAUGUCAGGGCAUCAAUCAUUGACCUGGCAGCAGAGGUUAUUGUUCUGCAGAAGUACCGAAACAUUGGUGAGCAGACUGCGGAAACUCGUUACGUCUUUCCUCUUGAUGAGCGAGCAGCUGUUUGUGGAUUCGAUGCCUAUAUCAAUGGCAAACACGUCAUCGGAAUAGUAGAGGAGAAAGAACAAGCGCGGAAGUCAUAUGACAAGGCUAAAGAACAAGGACAUGGUGCUUACCUCAUGGAAGAAGAGGCAGCGAAUGUCUUUACAAUCACCGUUGGGAAUCUACCUCCUGGCUCAUGUGUUGUCAUCUCGGUUCGAUACGUUACUGAGCUGGUUGUCGAGGGUGACCGUAUUGCAUUCAAUCUACUUGGAAGUGUAGCGCCAUGGAAGAAGAAAGAAAUUCUGAUGGGUUCUGUUGACGCAGUCGAUGGCGUCGUCGAAAACAAGCAAAAUAGGAGUGAAUCUUUCAUGGCCAAGGUUGAAAUGCCCUCUAGGAUUAGAAGCAUCCACUGUCCUACUCACUCAAUUAAGGUUCAGAAAAAGGAUGAGAAACUUCUGGAGAUAGCUAUGUGUGAUGGUGAUAAACUGGUGGAUGGUUUGCAGCUAUUGGUUGAGAUGGAUAACGCACAUAAACCACGAAUUUGGCGGGAAACACUUCCUGAUGACGAAAGCAGACAGGCGUGCAUGGUGGUAUUUUAUCCGGAGUUUCCUGUGACAACUAUAGAGAACCCUGAAGUAGUCAUCAUGUUAGAUCGUUCGACAUCAAUGAAAGGACAACCAAUGAAUGAUGCUAAGAAGUUGGUGCAUAUGGUAUUAGAAAGCCUUCCUCCACAGAGCCGUUAUAACCUGGUCGUUUUUGGAAAUGAUUUCGAGGAAUUAUACCCAACUAGCGUCUUAGCAACUGAUGAGAACAUCAAACACACUGAAUCGUUUUUGAUGACGGUAACUUGGGAGCGUGGAGCUACAGAGGUUUGGAGACCAUUGAGAGCUAUGUCUUUACUCUCAUCUAGCGAUGUUCGUCUCACCAGCAACGGAUUUCUUAUCUCCGAUGGCCACGUGACAAAUGAACAAGAUACGCUCUUAGAAGUAGCUAGUAAUCGCCAAAUCAAUCGCCUCUUCACAUUUGGUGUCAGUUCUGAAUCAAACCGUCACGUUUUACGUACUCUAGCUGAUACAGGAGGUGGAGCCUAUGAACAAUUCGAUCCCAGGAGCAAAUCUACUUGGGAAGCAAAGGUUCAAGCACAAGUAAGGCGUUCUUGUCAGCCUGCAGCCACGUCAAUCAAAGUCAACUGGAUCUCAACAACGGGUGAUGCACCAAAACAUUUGACAAGGAAGGAGAUAGUUCAAGCCCCUUCCCAGAAUGCAUCACUAUUCACAGGAACGCGAUUGGUCCUUUAUGCCAUGGGUCCAGAGGUUUCCAAGGUGGAACUAGAAGCAGAGAUUGAAGGAAGAACUGAAUGUUUUAAAGUAUCAGCCGACAAAACAUCUUCAUCGAAAGGGUUGACUCUACAUCGUUUGGCCACUCGAGGAAUCGUUAGAGACUGGGAGCUUGGUUCUGUUCAUGCAAACAGACUGGAGAAUGAUGCCAUGAUGGAUGAUGUAAAAAGACAUCUUGUUAAACUAGGAGUUGAGUUUAACAUCGUAUCUCCUCUCACCAGCUUUAUCGCCAUAGAAAAGAGAGAUGAGGAGGACGAGAAUAUGGAUACCGACGGACCGCCGCUGACUACUAUCUUAGAAGAAUUGUGGCCAACGUCUUACAACACGAGCUUACCUUGGAUAAUACAGGAUGCAUCAACAGGAAUAGAAACGAGCUGCAGUAUGACCCAAGUGAAUGAGACAUUGACCCGUGCGAGCAGUGCGCAAAAUUCAUUCUCCUUUGUUACUGCUGAACAUCAAUACAAACAAGCUUGGAAACUUGCGAUUGAUUCAUUUGAACCACUUCAUCCAGCCGUUCAGAAGGCGUGUCUUGCUUUGGCACAAUUUCAUCUUCGAGUAAAGGGUGAAGUACAAGAGGCACACAAUGUGUUAUUUGAUUGUAUGCAUGAGAGCGAUGGACUACACAAAACUGAUCUCGACCGGAAACUAACUAACAUGGCAAAGAUAUGCAAAAAUCUACUAAACAAGGAAGACUUUAAGACGUGGAAAGACCAAAAGCAAGCGGUGGAAAUGGGAACUUCUAUCGGCACAUGUGAUGAAUUAGAAUCUGAAUCUCUGGUUCUCGAAGAAGAAACAAUUGUUCCUGAGGAAGAGACUGUUGUCAUGAGUUCCCCUCCUAUAGAUGAAGGUUUAGAAGUCAUAGCCGUGGAGGAAGUGGAAUCUAUCCCAUUAUUUCUCGAGGAAGAAGCAUACCCCGAAGCUCCAUGUGAUAUUUACGAGACGGUGGAGGAAAAAAAAGUUUAUCAUCCAGUAUUAUUGGGAGCAGCUCCAAAGCAGGCAGUCCAAGAGUUACCCAUCAUGCAUGAACUUAAAUCAGUCAGUAAAGAAUCUGACAUUGCAAAACAUGCUGAGAUAGUCGAAUGUAUCGAGCCAUUAGAAAUGGAGUUACGAGCUGAGUCACCCGUGAUGUUGGAGGCAAGACGAGAGCCAUCACCAGUGAUGAUGAAGGCAAGACGAGAACCAUCACCAGUGAUGUUACAGCGUGCUGAAUCUCCCGUGCUCAUGAUGCGUGAAUCAGCCAAACUUUCAUACGCAGUGGCAGAAGAGAGAGUCCAAUUACAGCGUAUUGAGCGAGUAGAGAUGGACGUUCGAUCCGAGUCACACGUGAUGUCUGAGGCAAGACGAGCUCCUUCACCCGUGAUGAUGGAGGCAAGACGAGUCCCUUCCCCAGUGAUGAUGGAGGCAAGACGAGCCCCUUCACCAGUGAUGAUGGAGGCAAGACGAGAACCAUCACCAGUGAUGUUACAGCGUGCUGAAUCUCCCGUGCUCAUGAUGCGUGAAUCAGCCAAACUUUCGUACGCAGUGGCAGAAGAUGAAGAGAGAGUCCAAUUACAGCGUAUUGAGCGAGUAGAGAUGGAGUUACGACCCGAGUCACGCGUGAUGUCGGAGGCAAGACGAGAGCUGUCACCAGUGAUGAUGGAGGCAAGACGACCUCCUUCACUAGUGAUGGCAGAGGCAAUCCGAGAGCUAUCACCAGUGACGUUACAGCGUGAUGAAUCUCCUGUGCUCAUGAUGCGUGAGGUUCAAUCAGUCCAGCUCUCAUACGCAAAAGCCGUGGCAGAAUCUGUUGAGUCAGUCCAACUAGAGCUGGAACUACGAGCCAAAUCACCCGUGAUGUUGGAAGAAAUACGAGCGCCGUCACCCGUGAUGUUACAGCGUGCUGAAUCUCCAGUGUUAUUGAUGCGUGAUGCAGCCCAGCUUUCAUAUGAAAUGGCAAAACCUGUUAAGACAGUCCAAUUAGAGCCAAUUGAGUCAGAAGAACUGGAACUACGAGCCGAAUCACCCAUGAUUUUGGAUGCGGUGCGACCUGUGUCAUCGCUGUUGUUGGAGGCAAGACGAGCCCCUUCACCAGUGAUGUUGGAAGCAGUCCAAGAAGUGAAAAUGUCACUAGCAAGUGCUGUAGCGGAACCCAUUGAACGACUACAUGUUGGAAGCAGCGAUGAGGAGUUAGAAGAGAUUGAGGUCCGUGCUUCAUUACUUGAUCAGAGAUCUGAGAAAGUUCGAUCGACCAAGUUACAUGAUGACGUUCAAGAUCAUGUUGAGAAGCUACGACGGAUGCCUGAUGUCUGUGCUCCCUACAAAUCGUAUCUGGCGACUUCUCCCAAAGACAAGCAAGAUGAGAGUGUGAAAGACGAGAAGAAAGUUGAUAAGAUUGUGAAUGAUCAAGAUAAACCAGGAAUUGAAACAAUGAGGCGUUUGUUAAAGAUAUCACAAGAGGAUAAUGACGGUUGGUGGACAUGGAACCUCAACGAUUUGGAGACAGAAUUCGGAGUUGAUUGCAGAGCUAUUACUGCAGCUCUUCAUAACCCUAAAGACAGCUUCUGCUUGGUUGAAAGAUUAGUUGACAAAUGGAUGUCAUCGAUGGAUGAAAUCAAGAAGAUUGUAGCAUCGGCUCUAGUGCUGUUUAUUUUUGAUACAUGGGUAUCACGGGUAGAAUUCAUGAUUUCUAUACUGAUGAAAGAUGACCCUGAAAUUCUCUUUAUUCCUGCUCAAAUACAAGAGUGGUUUAAGCAUUGCUUACCCAUUGAUGUCAUUCAGUUACACACUAUGGCCUUUGGCGAAUCAUCCACCUGGUCUUCAAUCCUGGAGCGAUUUCCACCCGAUGUCAUCGAGGAUGUUAUACGCCCUAUCAGGAAUUGCAUGAUCAAUACUCGUUAAAACGGCAAACUUGCAUCAUCUUCAUUGUAAAAAAAUAUAUUAUUUUAAGGAAACAACGACUACCUCUCGCCGUUUUCGAUACACAGUGGUAAAGUUUGACGUUAUAGAUAUAACGUUAUAUGUGAAUAUGAUCCCUUCAUUCAAUCAAAUUAAUCGUGGAAUGAAAAUGAUCAACCAAUUCCCCAACUAUACUAUGUACAUGACUACAUGAGAAUAUGUGAGCCCGAGGAAAGGGUUGUGUCAGAGUGUAUUUUUUUUUCUGUUUGUGGGUAGCUCACGUUG